AUGACGUCUGUCAUACACAAACUUUGACAACAAAAUUUUACAAUAUUAUUAUUUUAUUUUAUUGAAAGAGUUAUUUAUUAUUUUCUUUAUCGCUUCUUAAGUUAUUUUUGGUUUUUAACAAAGCUAGAAAUGGGAGAUAUACCUCAGUAUAAACAUUCAUCGGAAGAUAUAUCUGCUUCAAAUGUUUUAUUUAUUGCUAAAUCGCUUGCUCUUGCCUUGCAGCAGGUUGGUUCUUUGAAGCCAACGCCCGAUGAAAAAACUGCGUUAGCUAUAAGCAACUGGUUAGAAAUGUACAGACCACAAGAUAUGGAUGAUUGUAUGAAAAAUUUUCAUAAAGAAAAAGAAGAAUUACUGCUAGAAAUGCGAAAUCUAAAGUCACAGAUUUCUGUAAAGAAUGAAAUAAUUGAAGAACUGCAAAGAAAAGUAUCUAGAAAAACUGAACAACUUAGUCAUACUGAGGCGCUUUUGCAGCGUGAAAUUGUUUUGAGAUCAUCAUUGGAAACACAAAAAAUGGCUUUAAUGUCAGCUGUUAGUGAACUUAAACUCCAAAAAGCUGCGUUAGAACGCAGUAUUGUAGAAAUUGGCAGCACUCAUAUGGAAAUAAAUAACCAUGCUUCAACUCCUAAAAAAUCGUCACCUUCAGAAAGUGCUAGAUUUAACAAUACUGGAAUGAGUGCAUCUUUUCAUGGAAGUAUUUCAAGUGUUGAGAAAUCAAAAUUAUCCCGAACUCCACCAUCAUCUUUUCGACAUCAAGUAUCACCAAAUUUUAAUAGUUUACCAAGAUCGGCUUUGGCAAGUUUAAAUGUGACCUACUUAAAUGACAUUAAUCAAAAGCAAAACAUGGAUAACAAUGCAAAUUUAAAAGAGCCACGUUGUGUAGGUUUCGCUGAGGAGGAAAGAGUUAUACAGGAUUUAGCUAAUUCAUUUUUAAGUCAAAGUUUAAUUGCUGAACCAAAUAAUCGUAAACCAAAAAGACUGAAAAAUUUAUUUGGAAAAUUACGCCGCAGUCAUAGUGGUGAUCUAGAAGAUGUAGGCAUUGUUGGUGACUUUCAACGAGGUGGGUUUAGAGCUACUGCUUCACCAAGAUUGUGUUGGAGUGGAAGUGUUAAAUAUCAACUAAAAGAUUUUAAAAUUUGGAAUGUAGAUGAUAUAUGUUCCUGGUUUUAUGACAUGGGUUUAGGAUAUAUUGAGGAGAAUGCAAGACGUUGGUUGGUAGAUGGAACAAAAAAUUUAAUAGAAUGCGCACCAGCUGACAUGGAAAGGGAAUUAAAUUUAAAAUCUCCUUUACACAGAAAAAAAAUUGUGUUGGCUGUAGCAGAAUUAAGUGGAAAAGAAACAGAUGAAUUAAUGCUGUGUGCAGGAAAAUUAGAUACAGCUUGGGUAAUUAAAUGGUUAGAUGACAUUGGUUUGUCACAACUUAAAACAUCUUUUUUAACUGAAAGGAUUGAUGGUAGAAUGCUUCACAAAUUAACUAUGGAUGAUUUAGCUAUUUUAAAUGUCCAAACUUUGUUGUUUGUGGCUAGCAUAAGAAGAGGAAUUCAAGUAAUGCGUGAAAAUAAAUGGGAUGACAAUUGUCUAGUUAAUAGAUUUUUACCAGAAAAUAUCAAUGAAGAACCUGUGCAUUUAUGGACUUCCAAUCGCGUAAUGGAAUGGUUGAGAGGAGUCGAUUUAAGUGAAUAUGCGCCAAAUCUGCGAGGAGCUGGGGUACAUGGUGCUCUUAUGAAAUACGAACCAAAAUUUAAUGCUGAACUAUUAGCACAAUUACUUUGUAUUCCUCAAAGCAAAACACUGUUAAGACGUCAUCUAUCAACAAGAUUUAAAGAAUUAUUGGGUAGAGAUGUAAUUCAGCAAAAAAGACAAGCUGAAAAUACACUAGGGUACGUCCCAUUGACCGUAACAAGUAAAAUGAAAUAUCCGAAAAAAGGUCAAUUUUCAUUGAAAAGAAGAAAGAGUAAUAAAGGUCCCGAGGAAUGGAGCGAAUUUGUAUGUCCUUUUGGGCCUUCUGAUGACGAAGAACCAAUAACUUCGAAACCACCGAUCAAAACUAAAAGUUGUUUGUCUUCCAAUUAUUAACUUUAGAAAUAUGUUUUUUUUUUAUAUUUUUAUUAUUGAAAGUGCUUUUAACAUAUUAAUUUUUUUUUUUUGAAAAGUUGAGUUGAAUUGCCGAAUUUUUUUUCGAUUUUUGUACACUUAGGUUAAUUUUUGAUAAAUCCAUGAGAGAUGGUAGUUAGUUUUAUUAUUUAUUCCAAAAUAAUACUUGUAUUUGAAAGUGCUUUAAAUUUUAUAUUUAAUUAUAAUAAUUCUUAAGCUCCGAAAUAACAAAACUAUUUUGUUCUGUACAACAAAAUGAAUGCAUUUUUAUAAAUAACAUUCAGUAUAUCGAAAAAAUUUUCAAAGUAUUACAGUCAACCAUUUAUAGGCUAUUAAAUAUGAAAUAAAUUUUAAUAAUAAUAGUGUAUUGCUC